AAGCAUCGGCAUUCAGGUGUGUCAGGUAAAAGAAGGUGAAAUCAUUCUUGGUUCGUGUCUCCGCCAGCCCAUCGCUGUCUUCGCGCUAUGUGUCCGUAAAACCUCCCGAAAAUGGGUUCCAAAAUCGAGUAUGUGGACUCCUCGCAGAUCUACGCCACCAGCUACGUACGCAAUUCAAAGGCCAUAGGAGUCCUCUGGGCCAUCUUCACCAUUUGCUACGCCAUCAUCGGCGUGGUGUCGUUCGUCACCCCGGAGUGGAUCGGCGACAUCGACGGGGAGACUCCGGGCAAGUUUGGACUGUGGUCGGUGUGCUAUGCGGAAGAGGCCGGUGAACAAUGCAAGGGCAGACUGGACGAUUUUAUGAGUAUCGCGAGUAGUGCUUUUCAGGCCGCGACCGUUUUUGUGGGCUUGGCGGUGAUUAGUGCCCUUUUGACGAUUUGUGCCAUGAUAUUAUUCUUCUUUUGUCAUUCGACGACUGUUUUUCACGUAUGCGGGUGGACGCAGCUGGUCUCGGCGAUUUGCAUGAUCGCGGGCUGCGUGUGCUUCCCGGCCGGAUGGGCCGAAGACGGCAUCCGCAGGGUUUGUGGGGAAUCGGACAAGUACGAGUUGGGCAAUUGCGGAAUACGAUGGGCUUACCUACUGGCCGCUAUCGGCUGCCUCGAUGCCGUUAUUUUGGCCACUUUGGCCUUCAUUCUCGCGACGAGGCACGUCAGGCUGCAGCCUGACCCCCAUUACGCUCCAGCUAGUCUAUUCAAAGGCGAGAUGAAUAGUGCCUUCGUGGCCGACACUGCCAGCGUUGCGGGCUCCAGGAAGUCCCUCAACCUCCAUCCUGUCCUCCUGAUGCAUCCGGGACAGGACGAUACUUACUCCCAGUUCUCACAAAGGACAGUUCCCAGAUCGACCCAUUCGGGCCAUUACGCCCAUCCCCACAGUUUGCACCACCACAACUUCCAAUUGUAAAUUUUUAUUCUAAGUCUAUAUACAUAAAUAUUUUAUAAUACAAGAAAUAUAAUAAAAUAAUUUAUUAUCGUAAA